AUGAGUGGUUUAAAAGAUGAGGGAGGGGACACACCUCCAGUCCCCAGCUGUCUGCCUCUGAAGAGUGACCAGUCUAUGCCUAGAGGGAUCACAUGUAGAGUCAAAGCACAGACCCAGAUCCUGCCCGGCAACACCAAUGAAGAGAAGAAGAGAAAUUUAUGUCACAGACAUUUCAUCUUGAGUGUAAAGUCUGUGACGCUCUGCCCAUUGGUGAGAAUCAGCUCCACUGAUGUGAAGUGCUAUAAAGGAUGUGUUCAUCUCCACAGAGGGAAGAGGACGAGUCCUGCCAGUCAGACCAGAACUGCACCAGAUGGUCUGCAGGAGGUUUUAGAGGAGCAUAGGAUCAGUCUGAGGAGGAGAUAUGAACGUGUGACUGAAGGAACUGAUGGAAGUGAAACCCUCCUCAACAGGAUCUUCACUGAGCUCUACAUCACACAAGGACGGAGUGAAGAGGUUAAUACCCAACAUGAGGUGAGGCAGCUGGAGACCGCUUCCAGGAAGGAGACCCUCCAUGACACUCCAAUCAAGUGCCAGGACAUCUUUAAAGCCUUACCUGACCAGCAGACCCACAUCAGAGCGGUCCUGACCAACGGCGUCGCUGGAGUUGGAAAAACCUUCUCAGUGCAGAAGUUCACUCUGGACUGGACCGAGGGUUUGGAGAACCAAGAGGUCAGUCUGGUGAUCCCGCUCUCCUUCAGGGAGCUGAACCUGAUCAAAGCUCAGCAGUACAGUCUUCUCAGGCUGCUCCAUGUUUUCCAUCCAGCCUUACAGAAGGUCACAGCAGAGCAGCUGGCUGUGGCUGUAAAAUAUGCAAAUUAAAGACACUUUCUAUCAAUAAUCAA